ACGUGAAUGAUAAAAAAAGCUUCACAUGGCAGAGAACAAACAAUUCCAGAGGACGAAACUUACAGCUUCUAAACCCUUAGAUGAAUAUCACACCCGAGAAUUAAAUUUGUGCUCGGCACAUCGCCCUUUGAUAUGAUAACUGAGUGAACAACUAGAUAUAAGUACAGUUACUCAGACCAUAAUAGAUUUGCGCAUGUUCUCAGUUGUUGAAAGGUUUAUAGGACUUUUAGAAGCACAUAAUUUAAAAAUGACCUUGACAAAAUUACUUAUUUGACAAUUUUGAAGAUGGAGAACAAAAUGAAGUAAACGAUGUUGCUCUGAUAACCACUACUCUGGGAGACAUCUUAGCUUUUUUGAGGUGUGAUUUUUCGUCACAUCCCUCUUAACUCACGAAGUCGAUUAUUUCGAGACACUUUUGCGACGCCUUGUGGCUUGACUUGGUUGGUAUGAGUCUGCAUUGGUGAUUUCUUUGCUUUAGGAAACACGCGGUGCAACAAAACAACAACAACAACAACAACAACAAAACUUGUUUCAUUAAUUCACAAAUCAAAAUUUCAUGUUAGCUUCCACCCACACAUAGAAGAGCCUAAUCGAGGUAGGGGAAGAGACACAGAAGUUUAAAGAGAGGAAAAGACGAAAAAUAUUUUACAAACAGUACCAGCUGUCGCAAAAUGAAAUUAUGGUAUCAGUUAAAGAUAUUAUUAAGAUACAGAAAUGGCAACGUGAAUAACACAGAAACUAAAAUUCAAGCGUGUUUCAGAGCUAUCCAAAUUUUAAUUAAUUGGUGCAUAAUUUCGGUGAUGUCUAGGUAGUCAUCAGAUUUCAAUAAAACUUCAGAGAGUUUAUUCCCUAAGGAGACCCUAACACAAUAAGAAAGGUUACCUUCCCUUCUAGUUUUCGACUGAGAGCCAAUGAGGCUCAAGGCUGAUAUCAAAGGUGACGUCACUCAGACUCGUCCCCAAGGUCCUCUCUUUUUCAAGGAACCCGGAAGAAGGUUAUUGUGUUCUGUGCGAGCUCGCUUAGAGCAUGGGAAAUACAGCUAAUUAAGACGGCAUAUGAGCUGACAUAUUUGUCAAAUACUCCAUAUUUAACAAAUGAACAACAAUACUUCGGCAGAAAUGUAAGAAGCCUGAUCGUGUGAUGUCUGAGGAAAGCAGUAUAUCAGAUGUUCGAGCAGAAACUGAUAAUCUCUUUGUAUCAGUGCCAUUUGAAGUGAAGGAAUGGGAUGAGAAAGCUAACCUCUCCCCACAUCAUUUGUCUUAUAUCAUCACCAUUCUUCUUCCCAAGCGACUGGUAACUUUAGAGCGAGACAUCGACAUAGAAUCACAGCUCAAAGCAUUUUGCGAAAAGAAUCACAUAAAUAAUGCAAUACCUAUUGGUAGUUCAACAGAAGGCUUCAGUAUUCCUUAUUCUAUGUCAUAUGAAGUAGAUUCUCAUCUUGGCGCUUAUGUUGAUGCAGAUGUACUAUUUGUUGAGAAUGAUUUCCAGAUAUCCAUGAUAGAUCCAAUCCAAGAUGUGGAUACCCAAGCCAUAUUAGAAUCUGAUGAUGUUCAUCCAGGUUAUGGCAGAGUGAGGCUACUGCAGCACAGUCCUGAGGACCUAAAAGAUGUUGUGACUCACAAUGAUAAAAAAUACCUGAGCGGACAACGGAUUCAGAACUCAGCACACAAGAAGAUGACCAGAGGAAGGUCUGAAGAUGACCAAACAUCCAUUGGUCUUCAUGGUCCAGCAGUAUCAGUUGAGUAUUCAACAGUCUUAAAUGCUGACAAUAUACAAACCUAUGGUGUUAGGAUUCCACUUGACAUGGUUUAUGCAGUUCAGGUGAAGCAGUGGCCUCCAGAGGCAACUCAAUGGGUCCAAAGAGUAAAGAGAGGAAACUGGCUUGGAGAUGACUUGAUUGAAUCAAUUGUUUCAGAAGGAUGCUAUGUUGUACCAGUUGCACACAAGCACAGCCUCAAUCCAGACAUAGAAUGGAGAAUUUCUUUUGCAGUUACGGAGAAAAGAAUUGCACAGAAUGCUGUAACUGAUGCUCAACGUCAAUGUUACAUCUAUUUCAAAAUGCUACGGCACCUUUGUCUGAAAGAUUUAGAGGUGAUUUCUUCAUACUGUUUGAAGACUGUGUUGUUCCAUGCUUGUGAGGUUAUUCCAAAGCCUACCUGGGAGACUCAUACUGGACAAUGCUUCCUAUACCUAGUUGAUAGUUUGAUAAGUUGUGUCAAACAAAGAAACAUUCCAAGCUUUUUCAUGCCAAGCAAUAAUCUUGUGGAUGAUGUACCAGAGGAGAAAUGGGGAGAAGUGGAGUCCAGGCUCCUGGAAAUCAGGAAAGAUCCUAUAACACCAAUUUUGAAGUUUACAGACACAAAUGCAGUUAGCAAUACAGAGAUCCCAUUUGUAUUUCGAAAAAAUAUUGCAUUUGUCUUGGAAGACAUGGAAAAGUUCAAGGUCCACAGAGACAUUAGAAGAUCUGCAUUUGAUGCCUUUUUCACAACUUCCUUUAGAAUGAGUUUGCUAUACUUAAACCAAGGCAAACCAAACAAAGCUGUUCAGAUUUUAAUAGACUCCUAUCCUACACUUGACCAUUUCCUUGGACCAAUGCCACUCGUUUACUUUCUCAAUGAAGCUGCAAUUCUGAUCCAAGAUGGCCGGCUUUAUCUCCUUUUGCUUCAGGAACUCCUUGGAAUGGCCAACCAACAUCCUGACUUCAAGCUGCUUGAGGGAAAUCUGGCUUGUGCAUACCAUGCAGCUUCUUACACGUAUCCUGAGGAAUCUUCCAAGAGAGCUGAAUAUCUGAAGAAGGCAGAGGAACUUGUUCGAGAAGAUGUGAAAUCUCAAAGCUCAAGCUCUUGUGGGACACAGGUCACAUUUGCCACCAUUCUGAUGUCACAGAAGAAAUACAAAGAGGCCAUAGAAAUUCUUGAAACUGUUGUGAACGCAGCCAACAAAAGUGCACAGGAAGAAAUCCAAAGUGAUAUGACAGAAUUUGGAUUCAGUGAACAAAAAGUGCUUGAUGAAGAUUUACAAUCAGAAAUUUCAACUCAUAUGAAAAUAGAAGGGCCAUCACUUAUCUUUGUAUUUUAUUUUCUGGUCACAUGUUUAGUUCUGGAAGAUGAAGUUACAAAACUAAAGACUAUUUUUGAAGAAUAUCAGAAGGUGUGUGACCUGUGUGAUGAUAUCACAGGAUACAAACUUCUCGGUUAUAGCUUUUAUCAAGUAGGAGACAAGAAGAAAGCAAGGGAUGCCUUCACAUCAGCUUUGCAGAAAAUGCCUGGAAGUAAACUUCUUUUAUCAAACAUUCAAAAGUGUUCAGAGUAACAAAUUGGCCUUUGAUUUGCCACACAAGAUAAUAAUAAUAAUAAAAAAUCUAAUAUAUG